AUGUGGGCUGUGCUACUGUCUUUGACUGGACUGAGUCUGGUGAUGGGAAUAAGACACUGGUGUGAGCGCACGGUGGAGGACAGAGAGGAGCGCGUGCUGACCCCCCGUCUGCAGAGGGAGGUGGAGUGUUCCCAGGUGUACCAGUACGACUCUCAGGGCUGGAGACUGGACCUGGACCGCAUGCGCCACCAGCACGGGGGGGACGACGGCAUUGCACUGUACUACAGACACCAGGGCCCUGGGGCCACCUGCUACUUAUACAAACCCCCCCAGAUGCAGAGCCAGCAGGUGAACCGGACGGUCCAGGGCUGCUGUGAGGGCUGGAGUGGACCUCACUGCUCGCAGGGUGUGGGAGUGAGGGGACAGUGUUACUCCACCUGGAGCUGUGAUGACUUCCCCGGGGUGCAGAACUCCUCCCUGAUGCCCCUGGAGCAGUGCUGCGGAACACUGUGGGGGCUGAGCUGGAGGAACGCAUCCGACCAGACCUGCCUGUCCUGCAGCUACACCUUCCUGCCUGACGCCCGGUCCUCCCCCCUGGUGAGGGGGGGGCUGCUGAGGAGCUCCCGGGCCCCGCAGGGGGCGGCCACCUGUCUGAGCUGGGGCGGGGCACACUACCGUACGUUUGACAGGAAGCCCUUCCACUUCCGGGGCACCUGCACCUACGUGCUGUCCUCCUCCAGCGACGGCACCUGGACUGUGUACAUCAACACUGUGUGUGACUCCAGGGGAGACUGCAGCAAGGCCCUGAGGAUGAUGCUGGGACUAGACCUCGUCUCCAUUCACCUGCGAAACCUGACGCUCAACGGCUUGCUGGUUCCUCAAGGGGAACCUCUCUUUCAAAAUGGCGUGAGCGUCCAUUGGCUGGGGGACUUUGUGUUUGUGGAGAGUGGUCUUGGUGUCCGGAUAAAGUUCGACAUGAGGAACACCGUGUACCUGACGGUGACCGCAGAACACCUGACCACCACUAGGGGACUUUGUGGAGUCUACAACAACAAGCCAGAUGAUGACUUCAGCAGCAGGUCUGGAGUCGUGUCCCAGUUUGCCGCCAGCUUCGGUAACUCCUGGAGAGUAUCUGACCAGCACACAGAGGGCUGCAGUGAUGCAGCAGAGUUGGGGCACAGCUGUGAUGCAGCGGGGGACGGCAGGCUGCGGGGAUCCGCUGAGGCUGUCUGCCACCGGCUGCUGGAGAGCCCCUUUACACGCUGCCACCAGUGGGUGGACCCGGAGGAGUAUGUGGACACCUGCCUGUACCUGUACUGCAGCCUGGGGCCCAGGGAGAGGGACAACUCCACAUGUGACACGCUGGCCAGCUACGCUCGCGAGUGUGCCCAGCACCAUGUGAUUAUCAGCUGGAGAGGAGCACAGCUGUGUGGUAGAGUGUGUCCGAGGGAACAGCUGUUCUCCGACUGUGUGUCCUCCUGCCCUCCCACCUGCUUGUCCCCCCAGCCCCCCUCCGGGGCGGGGCAGUGCAGGGAGGAGUGUGUGGGGGGGUGUGAGUGUCCCCCGGGCCGGUACCUCCACCAGGGGGCGUGUCUGAGGAAGGAGGACUGUCCCUGCUUCCAUCGACGACGCACCUACCAGUCUGGAGACGCCAUCCAGCAGAGGUGCAACACCUGUGUGUGCAGGGCCGGCCAGUGGCAGUGUUCGGGGGAGAGGUGUGAGGCCCAGUGCAGCCUGAUGGGGGCGCUGCAGGUCUCCACCUUUGACAGGAAGAGGUACUCCAUGCAGGGCGGGGCCUGCUCCUUCAUCGCUGUGGAGGACUUUGUGGACAGGAAGCUGGAGGUGAGGGUGGGGUGUGGUGAGUGUGUGAGGAGGGAGGGUCAGGGCUGCCUCAGAGAGAUGUCCAUCACAGCCCUGCGCACCACCGUCACCAUCACAGAGUCUGGUGCAGUGCUGCUAAACGGCCAGAAGGCGGCGCUGCCUGUGGAGACGGGAGACCUGGUGGUGAGCCGGCCGUCCUCCUCCUUCCUGCUGGUCCAGACCUUUGGGGCUCAGCUUCUCUGGCACCUGGACGGACCCCUGGCCCUCAUCACCCUGCAGCCCGGCUUCUCACGCAAGGUCCGAGGCCUGUGUGGCACCCUAACAUGGAACCAGCUGGAUGACUUCACUACCCCAGAGGGUGACGUGGAGACCAGCAUUCCUGCCUUCGUGUCCAGGUUCUCCCUGGGGCCCUGCCUGCUGCCUGGGGGCCCGGGGGGCCCGGGGGGCCCAGAGCCCGACGCCUGCUCCUUCUUCAGCCAGAAGAGGCAACACGCUGAGCACGUCUGCUCCAUCAUACACAGCCCUGCCUUCCAGCCCUGCCAUGACGUGGUGGAGAGGGAGGCCUACAUGCGAGUGUGUCUGGGGGAGGUGUGUGGCUGCUCCCCUCGGGGGCUCUGCCACUGUGCCGUCCUCACCGCCUACGCCCGCCACUGCGCCCAGGAGGAAGCGCCCGUCGCCUGGCGCAACCACACCUUCUGUCCUGUGCAGUGUACAGGGGGCCAGGUCUACCAGGAGUGUGGCCGUGCGUGUGGCACCAGCUGUGCCGACCUCCAGCGGGCGGGCCGGUGUGUGGGGACCCCCCGGAGCUGUGUGCCAGGCUGCCAGUGCCCCCCAGGCCUGGCACAGGACCAGCAGGGCCAGUGUGUGCCCAUCAGCAUGUGCCCCUGCCGCCACGAAGACACCCUGUACCAGGCAGGCAGUGUCCUGCAGAAAGGCUGCAACACCUGUGUCUGUACAGAUGGAGUGUGGAACUGUACAGAGCAGGAGUGUGUGAGGGUGAACCAGUGUCCAGGAUCUCUGGUCUACUCCCCCAGCUCGUGCCUCCGCACCUGCUCCAGCCUGGACUCCCCCGGCCCCCCUGGCCCCCCCGGGCCCUGUGCUGAGCCCCUGUCUGGCUGUGUCUGCCCCCAGGGUACUGUCCUCCUGGGGGAUCUCUGCGUGGCACCUGAGGACUGCCCCUGUCACCACAACGGACGUCAGUACCAUAGCAACGACACCAUCACCAAGGACUGCAACACAUGCGUGUGUAAGGAGCGACGUUGGCACUGCGGUCAGACCGCGUGCGUCGGCACCUGCGUUGCCACGGGAGACCCUCACUACGUGACGUUCGACGGGCGGCACUUUUCGUUCCUGGGAGACUGCGAGUACGUGCUGGUGCAGGAGCGGGGGGGGCUGUUCAGCGUCACGGCCGAGAACGUGCCCUGCGGGAGCACUGGGGUCACCUGCACCAAGUCUGUCACCAUGAGGGUGGGCAACACCGCCAUCCACCUGCUACGAGGCAAGGCAGUGACGGUGAACGGCCUGGAAGUGUCCCUCCCCAUGUCGUACUCUGGCAGCGGGCUGAGCCUGGAGAGAGCAGGCCUCUUCCUUUCCCUGUCCUCUGGCCUGGGGGUCACCCUGCUCUGGGACGGAGGCAUGCGUGUGUACGUGCGCCUGGCCCCCCACCUGAGGGGCCGCGUGGGGGGGCUGUGUGGGAACUUCGACGGGGACACGGAGAACGACUUCACCACGCGGCAGGGCAUCGUGGAGUCCACCGCUGAGCUGUUUGGAAACUCCUGGAAGGUCACGCCCUCCUGCCCCGAUGUGGCCAAUCAGGACCUCAGAGCCCCCUGCCUGCUGAACCCGUCCAGGGUGGCGUGGGCCCGCAGAAGGUGUGGGCUCCUCAGCCAGCAGCUGUUCUCUCCCUGCCACCCAGAGGUGCCCUACCAGCAGCACUACGACUGGUGUGUGUUCGACGCCUGUGGGUGUGACUCUGGAGGGGACUGUGAGUGUCUGUGCACGGCCCUGGCAGCCUAUGCUGAGGAGUGUAACAGCCGAGGCGUCUACAUCAGAUGGAGGAGCCAGGACCUCUGUCCCCUGCAGUGUGAACAGGGCCAGGUGUAUGAGGCCUGUGGGCCAGCCUGCUCCCCCUCCUGUCCCUGCACCCCCUCCAGCCCUGACUCCCCCUGCAGCGCCCUCUCCUGCCUGGAGGGCUGCUACUGCCCCGCAGGGACCGUGCGCCACGGUGAAAGCUGCAUUACGCCCUCCCUCUGCCCCUGCGACUGGGAAGGAUCCCUGUACCCCCCUGGGACAACCCUCACACAGCACUGCCAGAACUGCUCGUGUGUGGAGGGCUUGUGGCGGUGCGAGGGCCCCCCCUGCCCGCCCCCCUCCCCCUGCCCUGGGUUCCAGUGUGCUGGGGGCGGUCGCUGCAUCCCCUCUCAGUGGGCGUGCGACAACGAGGACGACUGUGGGGACGGUUCUGAUGAGCUGUGUCUGACCAGCUGCGCUCCGGGACAGUUCCGCUGUGGGGGCGGGGCAUGUGUGGACCACGCCCGGCGCUGCGACGGACACCCCGACUGUCUCGACCGCUCGGACGAGGAGCUCUGCGGGGCCCCCCCCACGGGGGCGCUGUGCCCCACGGGGGACUUCCAGUGUGCCAGCGGGCGCUGCCUGGAUGCCGGGCGCGUGUGUGAUGGCCGGCUGGACUGUGGCUUUGCUGACGGGUCUGAUGAGCGAGACUGUGGGGUGCUGUGUGGGCCAGGGGAGUUCCAGUGUGUGGGUGGACCCUGCAUCCCCUACCUGCUCCGCUGUGACGGCCGUGAUCACUGUGGGGAUCUGAGCGACGAGGCGGGCUGCGUGUGUGAGCGCGGGCAGCUGCAGUGCCCUGGGGAGCAGCGCUGUGUCCCAGCAGACAGACUGUGUGACGGCCACAGGGACUGCUCCUCCGGCACCGACGAGGCUGUCUGCCCUACCAACGCGACCUGCAGGCCAGGCCAGUUCCCCUGCAGCGACGGCAGCUGUGUGUCUGGCUCCAGGCUGUGUGACGGUGUGGCCGACUGUCGCCACGGCGAGGACGAGGACCGGGCCAACUGCCACACCGUCACCACGGCAACGCCCCCCUCAACGCCCACCCCAACCGGCCCCACUUCUGCCUGCAGGCCGUAUGAGUUCAGCUGCUCCAGUGGCCAGUGUGUCCCCCGGGCCUGGCGCUGCGACGGGGAGACUGACUGCCUGGACGGGAGUGACGAGGGUGGGUGUGACUGCAGCCCCGGCCAGGUGCCCUGCCCCGGGGGAGGGGCCUGUGUGGAGCGCGGCCUGCUGUGUGACGGGACGCCUCACUGCCCUGACGCCUCCGACGAGAGCCUGGACACCUGCGGUUCGACUCAGAUCCCUCCGUGUCCAGGCAGCUUCUCCUGUGACGACCGCACGUGUGUGAACGCCUCGCGUGUGUGUGACGGCAGGCCCGACUGCCCCCGCGCCGAGGACGAACUGGUGUGCGGUAAGCACACCUCUCCUGCGCCCCCUGGUGGUAAGAACACCACGGUGACCUGUCCUGAGUUCACCUGCCUCCACGGAUCCUGCCUCCCCUUCACAACGGUGUGUGACGGUGUUCCAGACUGCCCUGGCUCCCCCCCGGGUGCCUCCUCAGAUGAGCAGGGCUGCAGGAGCUGGGGGCCCUGGGCCCCCUGGGGCCCCUGCAGCCUGUCCUGUGGGCCAGGCUCCAGGAGCCGGAGCAGAGAGUGCCCCCCAGGGGCGGUGCUGGGGCGCUGCAGGGGGGAGGAGGCCCAGAAGCAGCAGUGCUUCCACACCUCCUGUCCAGUGGACGGCCAGUGGUUGCCGUGGGUCACCUGGUCCAACUGCUCUGGGGGGUGUGGCGGCGUGGAGGUGCGUCACCGAGGCUGCUCCCCGCCUCAGAACGGAGGCAGGGACUGCCCCCAGCUGCCCGGCGAGGCAGGCCUUGCGCUGGAGAUCAAGCCGUGUCCUCAGGACGGCUGUGCCAGUGUGUCGUGUCCUGCUGGUCUGGUGAGGCACAGCUGUGCCCCCUGCCCCGUCUCCUGCGCUCACAUCAGCAGCGGCCUCGCCUGCGACCCCAGCGCCCCCUGCUUCUCUGGAUGCUGGUGCCCAGAGGGCCAGGUGAUGAGCCACGCCCAGCAGUGUGUGUUACCAGAGGAGUGUGUGUGUGAGGUGGGGGGUGUGCGGUACUGGCCCGGGCAGCAGGUGAAGCUGGACUGCCAGAUGUGUGUGUGUGAGAGGGGCCGACCUCAGCGCUGUCAGCCCAACCCAGACUGUGCAGUGCACUGCGGGUGGUCGUCCUGGUCUGAGUGGGGAGAGUGUCUGGGACCCUGUGGGGUGCAGAGUGUUCAGUGGUCAUUUCGCAGCCCCAACAACCCCAGCAAGCACGGCCAGGGGGAGCUGUGCCGUGGAAUCUACCGGAAGGCCCGCCGCUGCCAGACAGAGCCCUGUGAGAGGUGUGUGUUCCAGGAGCGCUCCCUCACUGUCGGGGAGCGCUGGAGAGGAGGACUCUGCCAGCUGUGUGUCUGCCUACCCAACCUCACCGUGCUCUGCUCCUCCUACUGCCCCCACGCCACCAGCGGCUGCCCGCAGGGUCAGAGUCUGAUCCCAGAGGAUGGACACAGAUGCUGUUACUGUGCAGAUCAAGGGGGCAACGUCACCGUGACGACAGCUGCCCCUGCCACCUCACCGGUCAGUUCCCCCCCGGUGACGCCCACCCUGCCCACGUACCCCCUGCCGCCCGCAGAUGAGUGCUGGUCUCCUCUGGGUGUUCAGUCUCUCCCAGACUCCAGCUUCAGUUCCUCCUCCCACCAGCGGGGGCACCCCCCCUGGGCGGGGCGCCUGUACGGCCGUGACCCCCGGGGGGACCUGCAGGGCUGGAGCCCCGAGGCAGAGCAGUACCGCGACCUGCCCCCCGGGCCCCCCCCGGCCCACAGCCUCCCCACCCAGCCCCCCUACCUGCAGCUGGAUCUGCUGGGGACAUACAACAUCACGGGGGUGCUGCUCCAGGGAGGGGGGGCGGCGGACGCCUUCGUGUCCAGCUUCUACCUGCAGUUCAGCCCUGACGCCAAGCACUGGCACACCUACCAGGAGCUGGUCACGGAGCAGAGCCCCAGGGCCAAGGUGUUCCUGGGUAACCAUGACGACCGUGGUGUGGUGGAGGUCCGUCUGGACAGAAUGGUGGCGGCGAGGUUUGUGCGCGUGCUGCCUCACGACUUCCAGAACGGCAUCUACCUCCGCCUGGAGCUCAUGGGCUGUGGAGACGGUGACACCCCCCUCCCCCCCGUCUCCCCCCCGGGGCCCUGCAGGGGGGGGCAGUUCCGCUGUGGGAACGGCCGCUGUGUUCCUGGGGGCCCCCAGGGGGUGCUGUGUGACGGGGUCAACAACUGUGGAGACGGCACUGACGAGCUGCACUGUGGGACCCAGCCCUCGCCCACGCCCUCGCCCCGGGGCUGUCCUAGGGGGCAGUACUCCUGCCCUCCACCAGGGGGCUGCAUCAGCGGCUCGCUGCGCUGCGACGGGGUGGCCCACUGCCCCCGCGGGGAGGAUGAGGAGGGCUGCCAGGGGCUCAUCACCCCCCGCCCCGCCCCCCUCAGGACCCCCUCCAUGGCCGCUGUCACCCACGCCACGCCCACGCAAGGAGGGCCUGGACACAGAGGUGUGUGUUCGUCUCCCCUGGGUCUGGAGGACGGGAGGAUUCGUUAUGGUCAGCUGACCUCCUCCUCUUCCCGGGAAAACAACCCUGCUGACGCCGGACGCCUCAACAUCGUACCCAACGUCCAGGUGAUGGAGCCAGGCUGGAGCCCUCUUCCAGCAGACCCCCAGCCCUACUUCCAGGUGGACCUGCUUGAGCCCACCUGGGUGUCAGGCGUGGUGACCCAGGGCGGAGAGCGCAUGUGGGGCUACCUCAGCAAGUACCGGUUGGCCUUUGCUCUGGUGCCAAGCCACUUCUCCAACUACACCCAGACCAGCCGGUCUGGCAGCCUUCCCAAGGUGUUUGAGGUGCGCAUGGUGGGCCGCGCCCCGGUGACCCGCUGGCUGGAGCGUCUGGUCCGCGCACGCUACCUGCGCAUCAUCCCCCUGGAGUUCAGACACACCUUCUACCUGCGGGUGGAGGUCCUGGGCUGCAGGGGGGAUGAGCUGGUGACCCCCAGCAGUGUGACCACGUCUCCCCCUGGUGAUGGGGUGGUGACAGUGCAUGGCUGCAGGCCGGGCCAGUUUGCUUGCCGCGGGGGUAGGGAGUGUGUUCCUGUGUCUGCUCUGUGUGACGGCCGGCAGGACUGCCAGGACCACUCUGACGAGCUCAACUGUGGCACAGCCCCCACGGCAGGGUUGCCAGGGAUACAGAACCACACGCUGCCCACAGGAAGUCCAGGUUUCCAUAACUACACCACUGGAGCUCCGGGGCUGCACAGCACCACGCCCCAAGGUGGGCGCCCAGGCUUGGCUUCCUCUGCCAGACCGGGGCUGCAGCCCAGCACCCCGCACCCUGGACCCCCUGCCCUGCACUCCACAGCGGCCUGGACCACGCCCCACGACGGGGGUCUCCCCAGGGUGCUGUGUCUGGAGGGCCAGUUCACCUGCCGGGCGGGGGGGUGUGUGGACGCCAGGCGGGUGUGUGACGGGAGAAGGGACUGUCUGGAUGGCUCGGAUGAAGAGCACUGUGGCCCCACCGCCAGCCCCAGUGUGUCCCCUACACAGCGCCCCCUGGUGCCCAGCCCCUGCUCCCACAAGCAGUUCUCCUGCCUCAGCGGGGAGUGUGUCCACCUGGACCGCAAGUGUGACCUCACCAGGGACUGUGCCGACGGCUCGGACGAGAGGAACUGUGUGGACUGCAUUAUGUCAGGCUGGAGCCUGUGGAGCCGCUGCAGUGUGACCUGUGGGCUGGGCUCGCUGUUCCGCCAGAGGAGCAUCCAGAGAGACGCCCUGCACGGGGGCUCCUGUGGAGGGGCGCAGUUCGACAGCAGGGCCUGCUUCCCCCAGGCCUGCCCAGUGGACGGUCAGUGGUCUGAGUGGACAGAGUGGUCCCGGUGUGAUGUCAUGUGUGGGGGCGGGGUCAGGAGGAGGAACCGCACCUGUUCGUCCCCGCCCCCUAAGAACGGGGGGCUGGACUGUGGGGGCAUGACCCUGCAGAGCCAGAGCUGCAACAGCCAACCCUGUGGCUCCGGCACUGACACACAGACAGGCUGCAGUAACGGCAUGGUGCUGGUGAAAGAGGGAGACUGCCAGACGGCCAUGUUGGAGCCCUGCCCCCCCACAUGCUCUGAUCUCAGCUCCGCCCCCAACUGCUCCUCCACGUGCCUGCCUGGCUGUCGCUGCGCGGCAGGGCUGUUCCUACAGAACGGUCGGUGUGUGAACUCCAGCCAGUGUCUGUGUCACUGGGGAGGACUCACCCUCAAGCCUGGACAGACACUCAGCAGGGAGUCCUGCCAUGCAUGUGUGUGUCAACAUGGCCUUGUUACAUGCGACAACUCCAGCUGUGUGGCCUUUUGUGAUUGGUCAGCCUGGUCGUCAUGGACACCGUGUGAUAGCACCUGUGGGGUUGGGAUCCAGCAACGCUACAGAGUUCAGCCCUGGUCUACAGUGAGUCCACCAGGGGGCUCCAGAGUUCAGCCCUGCUCCGGAGACUCAGCAGAGGCCAGGCAGUGCUUCAGCCCCUGUCCUCCUGGCCCCGACCAGGAGGGGGCGCUGUGGGGAGAGUGGACCGUCUGGUCAGACUGCAGUAAGACCUGUUUCAACCACGUGGACCAGGUGGGCCUGAGGCGAAGGUUCCGGAGCUGCAACCACACACUCUCGACGCCUGGCUGUGAAGGAGACACUGAGGAGCAGGAACCCUGCAACACUGUACACUGUCCAGUGGCGGGUGGCUGGUCAGACUGGUCCCCUUGGUCCCAGUGCUCGUCAGAUUGUGACUCGGGGGUGCAGACCAGGCAGCGCUCCUGCAGUACCCCCUCCCCCCAGCAUGGGGGCAGCACCUGCCCAGGACCACACAUACAGACGCGGGACUGCAACUCCCACCCCUGCUCAGGUGUGUGUCCCGAGGGCAUGGUGUACUUGACGGCGCAGCAGUGUGGGGCUCAGGGCGGGGCGUGUCCCCGCGUGUGUCUGGACGUGGCGGCGGGGGAGGUGCAGUGUGCCACACGCUGCUACGACGGCUGCUACUGCGGCCCUGCCCUCUACCUGCUCAACCACACCUGCAUCCCCCGCGCACUCUGCCCCUGCUACCACCGGGGGGCGCUCCACCCCGCCGGCACCACCCUGCCUGGGGACGCCUGCAACAACUGCACCUGUCGUCACGGGGAAAUGGAGUGCAGCUCGUCUCCCUGCCCUGUGGAUUGUGGGUGGAGCAGCUGGACUCAGUGGAGCACCUGCAGUCGUACGUGUGACGUGGGCGUGAGGAGGCGGUACCGUUCAGGGACCAAUCCUCCACCAGCGUUUGGGGGGCAUGUCUGCAGGGGCGACAGGAUUGGCCUGGACACCUGCAGCCUGGAACCAUGCCAGGGUGUGAAGGAGCCCUGGGGCCCCUGGUCAGAGUGCUCCGUGUCGUGUGGGGGAGGCUACAGGAACAGGACCAGAGGACCCUUCAGAAAACACGGCACUGCACAGCAGUUCAGCGCCUGCAGCCUGCAGCCCUGCGCAGCAGGAGGCGUGUGUCCGGGGGGGCAGGAGUGGAAGGUGUGUGUGAUCGGACCGGUCACCUGCUCUGACCUGAGUUUGGACCGCUCCAGGAACUGUACCCCAGGGUGCCAGUGUCCCCGAGGGACCCUGCUGCAGGACGGAGUGUGUGUGUGGGAGUUGGAGUGUCGCUGUGAUGUGGACGGGGCCCAGUAUGAGCCGGGACACACCGUCCCCAUAGACUGUAACAACUGUACCUGUGACUCGGGGAGGCUGGUGAACUGCACACAGUCCAGCUGUGAUGUGGACGGUCAGUGGUCGGCGUGGACACCGUGGGGUCAGUGUUCUGUGGCAUGUGGGGCAGGUCUCCAGUCCCGGUACCGGUUCUGCUCCAGCCCGCAGCGCUCAGGCAGCGGCCUGUCCUGUCUGGGACCCGACCGGCAGGACCGCGUCUGCAUGGAGGCCUCCUGCUCCCGUGAUGGAGGCUGGGGCCCCUGGAGCAACUGGACGGACUGUACCAAGUCCUGUGGCGGGGGGGUCCAGAGCCGGCGGCGGGAAUGUGACAGGCCGGCCCCUGAGGGCCAGGGUGACUACUGUGAGGGGCUGGGGAGCGAGGUCACUUCCUGCAACACUGACCACUGCCCAGUGGCCCCCUGCUCUCAGGUCCCUGGAACAGCCUUCAGCAGCUGUGGCCCCUCAUGUCCUCGCUCCUGCGACGACCUGGCUCACUGCGGGUGGCGCUGUGAGCCAGGCUGCUACUGCACAGGGGGGAAGGUGCUGUCUGCUAGCGGGACGUCCUGUCUGGAGAGGGAGGACUGUCCCUGCCUGGACCUCAGCACCGGGCACCGUCUGCAGCCGGGAGCCUUCACCCUCGCCCCCGACCGCUGCAACAACUGCACCUGUGAAGGAGGAAGACUGAACUGUACCAGAGACCCUUGUCCAGUGGAGGGUGGGUGGUGUGAGUGGUCAGAGUGGACCCCCUGCUCUAAGCCGUGUGGAGCAGAGUGGGUGUCUCGCUACCGGAGCUGUGACUGUCCCCGACCCCGAGGUGGGGGCGCCCCCUGUCUGGGGGAGCAGGAGCUGCACCACGGCCUGGGCACCCAGAUCCAGAGAAAGCCCUGCCCCCUGCUCACCUUCUGUCCAGUCCAUGGUUCAUGGAGUCCCUGGUCGUCCUGGUCGGAGUGUGAGGGCUGUGCCGGGGUGUCGGUGCGGAGCAGGAGGUGCAGCAGCCCCCCCGCCAGGUUCGGGGGGCGGCCCUGCCUCGGGGAGAGCCGGCAGAGCCGUGGCUGCCAUGACAACUCCACCGUCUGCCCAGACUGUGGAGGAGGUCAGGGGGAGUGGGCUUGUGGGAAGCCUUGUCCUCGGUCCUGCUCUGAUCUCCAUGGCGACGUGGAGUGUGUGGAGUCCCCGGGGUGCGUCUCGACCUGCGGUUGCCCUGGCAACACUCUGCUUCAGGAUGGCCGGUGUGUGGAGAGGGAGGAGUGCCGCUGUAAAUACCACAACCACACAGCCAGCACAGGUGAGACCAGUGUGCUGGACUCCAGCAACACUUCCUGGGCGUGGCCAGGGGAGCCAGACUGGCAGUACAUUGACCCGGGAGAGACGAUCAGCAACAGCUGUCAAAACUGUUCUUGUGAGGCCGGCGUAUUACUGUGUCAAUCAGUGCCCGGUUGCCACGUCGACGGGGGAUGGAGCCAAUGGGGAGCCUGGUCGCAGUGCUCUACUUCCUGUGGGGGCGGGGCCGCAUUCAGAGUCCGACAGUGUGAUAAUCCUGCUCCUCAGGGUGGGGGGCGGGGCUGUGUGGGCGUGGCCGAGCAACAGAGAGAAUGCAACACCCACACCUGCACAGACGCGGGGCCCUGGCAGCCCUGGUCUCUGUGGUCCGUCUGCUCGGUGAGCUGUGGAGGAGGGGAGCAGUCUCGGACACGCCUCUGCUACGCUCCACUCUGCUCUGGGGUCACCAGGCAGAGCAAAACCUGCAACACACAUGUCUGCCUUGAGGUGGGGUGUCCCCCAGGGCGUCUGUACAGGGAGUGUGAGCGAGGAGAGGGGUGUCCGUUCAGCUGUGCCCAGGUGAGCAGGAGAGAGGGCUGUUACUCUGACGGCUGUGAGGAGGGCUGCCACUGCCCCCCCCGCACCUUCCAGCACCACGGAGCCUGCGUACAGGAGUGUCCAUGUCUGGUGGACCAGGACCUGCUGGCCGACCUAAGGAGAGUGUCAUCCACCCCAGGGUCGACUCUUGACCUCUACAACAUCACCGAUGGGGCGGAGCUCCUGCCUGGAGACACGCUGGUGCACGACUGCAGCUCCUGCUCUUGUCAGCAGGGCAGGUGGAACUGCAGCCUGCAGGCGUGUCCCGUGGAUGGGGGCGAGUCCCCCUGGGGGCCCUGGAGCCCCUGCUCCCUGUCCUGUGGGGGCUUGGGGCUGAAGAACCGUGCUCGCACCUGCAGGCAGCCCCCCCCAGCCCACGGGGGCCGCCCGUGCCCGGGGCCCCUCCAGGAGACGGCCUACUGCCAGGCUCCAGACUGCUCAGUGACAGUUGCUCCCACAGGGGAACCCAUCAGCCCAGAUGAAGACGCUGGUUUCUCUCCGUGGUCGACGUGGAGCUCAUGUUCUCGUUCCUGCAGCGACGCCAUCUCCCCGGCCCUCAAGUCCCGCCAGCGACACUGUGAGACGCCCCCCUGUUCAGGGGACACUCACCAGGAGAGAGCCUGUAACCUGCCGCAGUGUCCUGGCGAGGUGUGUGAGGGUGGGGACUGCGUCAGCAGGAACUGCUCCUGGACAGAGUGGGCGGAGUGGACGGUGUGCUCGCGAUCCUGCGGGGUGGGUCAGCAGCAGAGAAUCCGCACCUUCCUGCAGCCCGGGGCCCAGGGAGCCUGGUGCCACGACAUCCUGGGGGGCAACGUGGAGCUGCGCUUCUGCAACAUCAGAGCCUGCCAGGUGGACGGGGGCUGGUCCCGCUGGAGCUCCUGGUCCCGGUGUGACCGGCGCUGCGGGGGCGGCCGCUCCGUCAGGACGCGCUCCUGCUCCAGCCCCCCACCCAAGAACGCCGGCCGCAGGUGUGAGGGGGAGAAGAACCAGGUGAAGCCCUGCAACACCAAGCCCUGUGAUGAGUCGGGCUGCCCCCCAGGACAGGAGUUUGUGGUGUGUGCCAACGCCUGUCCCCAGCGCUGCUCUGACCUGCAGCAGGGGGUCCAGUGUCAGGGGAACACAGACUGUCAGACAGGCUGCCGCUGCCCCAAAGGCCAGCUGCAGCAGGGUGGGGUGUGUGUGAAGGUGUGGCAGUGUGACUGUGUUGACUCUCUGGGGAACAGCUGGGCGGCAGGCAGCCAACACCAGCUGGACUGCAACAACUGCAGCUGCGCUGACGGACAGCUGUCCUGCACCAAUCACAGCUGCCUGGAAGCUGCCUGCACCUGGAGCCCCUGGUCCAGUUGGGCUUCCUGCAGCGUCUCGUGUGGGCGGGGCCAGAGGACACGCUUCCGAUCAUUGAUUCCAGAGACCAGGGAGGCCGACUGCCAUUUCGAGGAAGUGCAACACAAACCAUGUGAACCAGGGACCUGCCCCCCGCUGUGUGUCCAUGGCGACCUGGAGCUGAGCGUGGGGGACACCUGGCUGCAGGGGGAGUGUGAGCAGUGCACGUGUACACCAGAGGGAGACUACUGUCAGGAUGUCGACUGCAGGGUGGAUGGUGAUUGGACGCCCUGGUCAGUGUGGUCUGACUGCUCCGUGACGUGCGGACAUGGAUCCCAGGUCAGGACCCGCGCCUGCAUCAACCCACCGCCUCGCAAUAACGGCAGCACCUGCAGCGGCCCGGAGCGAGAGGCCCAGGACUGCCUCGCGCCCCCCUGCCUCGACGACCUUUGCCCCUGGUCGCGGUGGUCAGCCUGCUCCCGUAGCUGUGGGGCGGGGCUAGCGCUGCGGAGGAGGAAGUGUGUGUGUGAGGCGGGCGGAGAGAUGGCCUGCCCUGCUGACAUGGAGGCAGAGAGGAACAGAGAAGAGACACAGCUGUGUUACACACAACCCUGUCCUGGCUGUCCCAUGUCAGGGUGGAGUGUGUGGUCAGCCUGCUCCUGUGUGUCUCAGAGGCAGCAUCGCCACCGUGCUCCUCUCUCCCCGGCCACCAGGGGGCAGCAGUGCACACACCUGGACACCCAGAGCAGAGCGUGCUCUCUGGACACCUGCCACGAAUGUGAGCCUCCGUUCCAGUACUCAGCCUGUGGCGCCCCCUGUGAGCAGCAGUGUGACCUGCAGGGCCAGACUGAGAGCUGUGCUGGAGGGAGCCAGUGCACACCUGGAUGUUACUGCCCCCAGGGCCUGCUCCAGCAGAACAGGUCGUGUGUUCCUCCAGAGCAGUGUGGGUGUGUGUACCUGCAGCACCCUGCCUCAGGGCCCCCCCUGCCUGUCACCCUGUCCCCUGGGGAGGAGGUCACCCUGGGCUGCAGCACCUGCCUGUGCCACGAGGGGAGGCUGCAGUGUGACUCCAGGGAGUGUGAAGUCAUCCUGAGUGAGUGGUCAGAGUGGACUCCCUGCUCCUCGUGUGUGUUGCGCCCCCUCCCCCCAGCAGAGGGCGCCUCCCUGGUGUCCCUCCAGAGGCGCUACCGAGCCUGUCUGGACCUGGACUCUGGGCUGCCCCUGUCUGUGGCGGGGCGGGGGGCAGAGGGGCAGUGCCCCGGAGAGCUGGAGGAGGAGAGGGUCUGCCCUCAGCCCAACGCCUGCACAGACAUGUGCCAGUGGAGUGUGUGGAGCGUGUGGAGUGUGUGUCAGGAGCCAUGCAGCGGGGGGGUCAGGCACCGGCCCCAGCCUCCAGGGCCCCAGCCUCCAGGGCCCCACUGUGGGAGCCAGCAGACCCAGACACAGAGCUGCAACACAGGGCUCUGUCCAGGUGAGCGUUGUGAGGACAGGGGGCGGACCUUCCAGGAGAGCUGUGCCAAUCAGUGUCCUCGUAGCUGCGCCGACCUAUGGGAGCAUGUGCAGUGUCUGCAGGGAAUGUGUCACUCAGGCUGCAGGUGUCCAGAUGGGAGCCUGCUGCAGGAUGGCUUCUGUGUUCCUGUGUCUCAGUGUCGCUGUGGCGUCCCAGCAGGCAACAGCACUCUAGAGAUACCCCCCGGAAAGACUGUCACCCUGGACUGUAACACCUGUGUGUGUGAGAACGGCUCUCUGGCCUGCCCUGCCCGACCUUGCCCCGUCUACCAGCCCUGGUCACCAUGGAGGUCCUGCUCCACUUCCUGUGGGCGUGGCCAGCGCACCAGGACACGCCCCUGCCAGGACUUCGAGGGCGGGCCUUCCUGUGAAGACUCCGUCCAGGUGGAGACCUGCGAGCUGCCGUCCUGUCCUGCUGGGUGUGUGUUGAGCGAGUGGUCGUCCUGGAGUGAGUGCAGUGCCUCGUGUGGUGGGGGGGUGUCACUGAGGAACAAGACCAUCCUACAACCUCCUGAGCCUGGGGGCCUGGCCUGCUCCCCUCCCCUGGAACAGCACACCGCCUGUAACACCAACAGCUGUCUCCCAGACUGCCCGGCCGGCCAGGUGUUCAGCAGGUGUGCAGGCGUGUGUCCCCACACCUGUGAGGACCUGCAGCCCCAGACGGAGUGUCUCCCUGCAGCCUGCAGCCCUGGCUGCUCCUGCCCCCCCACCCAGGUGCUCCACAGGGGGGUGUGUGUCGGCCGGGCAAGGUGUCCCUGCUCCCCUCUCUCCCUGCCGGGGGGCAACGCCACCCAGCCUGACCCCCUGGAGGAGGUGGCCCCUGGAACAGUAGUCAUGCAGCGCUGCAAUACCUGUGUUUGUCGAGCUGGAGUGUUUAACUGCACGACGGAUGUCUGUGCUGUGGACUGUGAGUGGGCCGUGUGGUCGGCGUGGGGGCCCUGUUCAGUGAGCUGUGGUUCUGGCCAGCGUGGCUCCAGCAGGAGCAUCCCUGCGGCCCCCGCCCUGUACGGAGGACAGGAGUGUGAGGGCCCCAGCCAGCGCUCCCACACCUGCACCGCCCCCGACUGUGCGUGUCCCAGUGGGGAGCGAUGGAGGAGGGAGGCGGCCCAGGUGUGUGAGCGGACCUGUGUGGAGAUGUACCAGAGCACCCCCUUCACCUGCAGCCACGCCCAGGGCUGUGUGUGUCAGGAUGGCCUGUACCGCAACACACACGGACACUGUGUCAUCCCUGCCCUCUGCCCCUGUGAGGAGGGGGGGCCAGCUGCUGAGGCUGGCUCUGAGUGGGAUGAGGGCUGCCUGGUGUGUCGCUGUGUGAACGGGAAGAAGCUUUGCCAGUCCAGAUGCCCUCCACUACACUGUAACCAGGAGGAGGUUAAAGUGGAGGAUCCUGGCAGUUGCUGUCCAGUCUGCAGGAAGGAGUUUCCUGGUGAUCCAGUGCCAGAAUGUCGCCGCUUCACUGAGGUCAGAAACAUCACCAAGGGAGACUGUCGUCUGGACAACGUAGAAGUGAGCUUCUGCAGGGGCCGCUGUUUGUCCAGGACUGACGUCAUCCUGGAGGAGCCCUACCUCCAGGCGGUGUGUGACUGUUGCAGCUACAGGCUAGACCCGGAGCGCCCGGUGCUGUUCCUCAGCCUGCAGUGUUCUGGAGGAGAGAGCGAGCCGGUCGUCCUGCCAGUCAUACACAGCUGCGAGUGCACCAGCUGCCAGGGAGGGGACCUGUCAAAACGCUGAGUGUGUAUUUGUGUGUGUGUGUGUGCACAUGUUUGUGUGAGUGUGUGUGUUGGGACUGACGAGCAACUGGUCAGGUAUCCUGUGCGUGUGUGUUGUGUGUUGUAAACAUCGUUCAGUAGUCCAGUCACCUGACUGGACCC